GCGGGCGAUCGUUCUCAUGUUAAGAGAAUGCUUGAUCUUCCAGUAAAAUUUUCAAAGCUCCCUCUUUGUUGUCGUACCAUAAUGCUGAGCGGUAUUAUUCGCGCCAUUUUCCUCGAUAUAUUUUCGCGGGAAAGCCAUUCAUUGCCUCUUGUCACGUGUUUCUAGUUGUCAUUUAAUCCAAUCAGAACACGGGCCUGUAGACUGUUUGCCAUUCAACUCUAAUUCAUUGUUCAUGGAUGAACCAAUCAGGUGUCCUGUCGCUACUCUGUUGUUGUUGUCAAAAUGCAAAAUAGCUCGUAUUUUUGAGACCUCGUGGAAAGGCUGGAAAAAAUUUUUUUUGUAGCGUCCCACCCACCACGUCAGAGUUUGUGCGGAUUUCGCUGUAUUUGAAGGAUUCAUUCACGAACGUCGUAGAUGCGAGAACAUGCCAGAAUCUAGCAUUGAUAACAGGGAUGUUUUGGAGUGCGUUGAAGCCGGUGGUCGUCGUAAGAAAGCAAGAUUUCCCAAUCAGUGGAGUUCGAGCACAACACCUCACCAGCGAACAUUGGAACUCGAAGGAGUCAUCGAGGUUUUGCGCGAAUACGAUUCAGUCGAAGGCAAUGAUAUAAACUGCUCUAUUUGUGGUAACUACAAUUUUUUUCUCACGUUUUAUUAUUACUCUGGUUAUUUGAGGCCGUAGACUGAGCAAAUCGUACAUUCGCUGCCGCUAAAUAAAAUCUCCAUUCAAAUACGCGCUCGUGUUUACAAGAGUAGCGAAACGAAUGAUUGUAAAUUUUUACGGUUUUUGGUCUCAAUAACCUUCCUUUUUACGCAAACCUUGAAUUAUUUGCCUAUUUUGAGAUAUCUGCAGUAAUUUUGUGCCUUUUCAUUAAAAUUUGAAAUUUUAAGAAUUUUUUUUCAAUUUUUACUACGCUUCACCCUAAUUAUUUAGCUGAGCAAACAAAUAAGCUAGAGUUAUGAGGGGGUUUAUGUUGAGACCUGCAUUUUAUAAAAAGUUUCAAAGAGACUGUCAAUUUGUUUCUGUCCUGUUGUUUAAUAAGAUGCUUAAGUUUGAUUUGGAGGCUUUUUUGGUGUAAUUGUGUGUUUAGAGCUAUGAAAAUUUGGUUGAAAGUUUGUAGCAAUUUCACGCUCCGUGUCAUGUGAGAUGCCUCGUGUUUCGCUUUCGUCAUCCCGGAACUUUUUUCACUGGAACAAAAUUUUCCGUUUUCGAGCAACGAAACCGGUUAAAAAUCGUACAUCGAUUGAAGCUAGAGCCUCAAAUGAUUUCUAUUUAAAGUUUUCGUAGACUAUUUAUUAUUUGUCUUUAUUUUUCUUGAUUUUAUUUUAUUGUCAAACUUAGCGACAUGUAAAAUAUCGACAGCAUUUGUUUUAGGUAGGAGGGAGGACUUGUCUUAGCCGGCUGGCCGGUGCCUUUGUGUUUAUCUAAAUAUUUUUUUUCAUUUUGCAGGAAAACUGUAUAAAAGUAAGGUGUGUUUUACAAAGCAUUUAUGGGAACAUAGCGUCUACUGGGAUCUGUUCGAUGCGCUAAAAAAUCAAGAGCGUGUCCUGUCGAUUCAGGCUGCAAUUAUUCUCUCGCAACCAUAUCUGGAAUUUUUGCUCGUAACUUCGCCGACAUCGACAGAAAAGAAGAAAGAAGACCCUAAACCGAAUAGUAUUUUCCGGAAAAAUGCGACAAGAAAAAGGCAACGAGAGUCAUCAACAUGUUCCGUAGACUUCUAAUUUCUUAAAUAUUUUUUCAUAUUAUGUAUAUUAUAUGGUGUGGCAAACGGUUCC